GCCUCCAGAUUAGGGGCUGGGAUGCAAGGAACCAAGGGUGGUUAGCAGGGUGUUAGGGGCUAGAAGUCGGGUCUCUUUGAAUUAACCCCCAAGAUGGCUGGGCAAGUGACCAGUGCAUAGUGAAUCUGAGGCAGAUGACUGAGGUCCUCCAUUCUCUAUGUGAAAUGCAAAGGAAAAGGGUCACUGCUGCUGAAGGCAGUUGAAGUGUGACUGAGCUCCUCCCCAGCCAAUGACUGCACCGGCGUGUCUGAGAGCUGCAAGGUUCAAAACCCCAGGCUAGGACAGCAGCUCUCUCAGAGAAGGAAGUGGGAACAGAGCAAAGCAGCAGCAUGUCUGAACUGCAGAAACUUCAGCAGCAUGAAAUCCCCUCUGCCAGGCAAGUCCUGAGGGAGAAUUACAGCAAACUUCACAAAGUGGCUGACUACUGUGAGAACAACUACAUGCAGGCAACAGACAAGAGGAAAGCCCUGGAGGAGACCAUGGCUUACAGUGCCCAGUCCUUGGCUAGCGUCGCGUACCAGAUCAGCAACCUAGCCAGCAACGUCCUCCAAAUGUUGGACCUGCAUGCAACUGAACUCCACCAGGUGGAAGCCAACGUCUGCUGCAUUGCGCAGAUGGUAGACGUGCACAAGGAGAAAGUGGCUCGUCGAGAGAUUGGAACGCUGACAGUCUGCAAGAGGCCCCCCCACUACCAGAAAAUCAUCUAUCCAACAUAUCAGGAACCCCUGGAAGCUUACUACAGGAAACCCCUCAACUUCAGCACCCUGGAUGAUGUUGGUCAUGGGAUAAAGGACCAGAGCACACAGUUGUCACGAACGGGAACCUUGACUCGGAAAGGAUCCAAGACAUCAUCUGGACAGUCUACAGGCACCCUGGGGAAAAACCCUCGUAUCCCAGAGCCCAUUCAACUGCCUGUGGUUCCGGAAGGCAAACUAUCAGCAGCGUCCUCCACAUCAUCUUUAACAUCCCUCAGUUCCAGUGGAGCAGCUGGCAACAUCAAUGCCAAGGUGCCUAUCACACAACCUAUGCCGCCCUCACUGCCUCCUCCAUUGGACAUAGACACAAUGCCUCCUCCUCCCCCUCUGCCUCCUGUAGACAUGCCCGAACCUUCACCCAUCGGUUUUGAGAUGCCGCUCCCAGAUGUCCCGCCACCAUUCUCCAUGCCAGAUGCCGACUUCCUGGAGCUCCCCCCUCCGCCCCUGCCAAGCUUGACAGAGUUUGAAGAUUUUGCCCCUCCUCCUCCUCCUCCUCCCCCCCUGGGUACAGAGGAACCUGCGUGGGCGCCAGACAGCUACUUGGAGAAAGUGGUGACCCUCUACCCCUACACUCAGCAAAAGGAGAACGAGCUCUCAUUCCCAGAAGGGGCCGUCAUUUACAUGACCCGGAAGCACUCGGAUGGUUGGUGCGAGGGCGUGACCAGCGAGGCAGAGGGGUUCUUCCCAGGCAACUACGUGGAACCUUUCUGCUGCUGACCCUGCGUGGAUGCAGGAGAUGACACCACUAAGGACCAGCAGAGGUUUUCCUCCUUCACCCUUCAGGGUUAAUGGAGCCCAUUCUCUCUGCCAAACCAGGGAAGCCACCUCCACUGCCCCUGGCUACAGAAUUUAUCACUAUCCAUUUACAAUCCAGAUUGAUCAGAUUAUAGAUUCCCCCAUUCCCCGUCCUGCGCUGGGGCACAGACAGACCCACAUCCCUGGCAGACGGCAACAGGGAAAGGUAGCGCUCUGAAUCCAGGACUUAUCAGGAGCAGCUUUGGAGGCCCAAGAAAGUGCCCUGCUUUGGCACUGCUACUUUCAGGUCAAAUCUUAGACCCCCAGAGCUCAAUGUGAGUUUUUCCAUUGCUUACCACUGGGGACCAGGCUUGAAGCCUUUAACCUGGAAUCCCUUUGCUUGAGGCUUUGAUUAUUCUCAGCUCUUUUAUUUCCACCCCCUGCACGUGCACCAUGAUCAGAGGAUCCUCUUCCGGGUUCCCCAGGGAGCCUGCAGCCAGUCCCUCCCACUCACCAGAACGAAUGCGGCUGAACAGCAGAAUGCUGUUGACUAGCUGGGAAGGGAGUCUGAGGUAGGCGUGUGGCAUGCUCGGAGAUUCCCAAUGCUCGGGGCUGCUCCAAGGCUUCCCCACUCAUGACUCCUGCAGUAGCUUAGAAGGUGCUGAGCAGGCUCUCGUGGGUCUAGUGAAGAGCCUUUUCCCCAGCAACUGGGACAGUGCUGCCCAAACAUGGAAGUAGCAAUGGGCAAGAGACCGAAUCUCAGCUCCGACAGAGUCACCUGGUGACCUUGGGCAAGUCUAGUUUCUCAAUUUAGAAAGCAGGCACAGUGCUUCCCUGCCUCGCAGGGCUGGGCUAGAGAUUAACGUGGGUGCGUGGAGUGCCAUUGGCACAAAGCGUGAUGGCAGAGCGACCGGCAGCAGCCUAGACAGGCAGAGACACGAGAAAUGGAAAAACAACUGGGGAAGGUGGUUGGAAGAUAAGAGGAUGUUUUGCAAUGAGCUUUGGCAAUGAGACUAAGUUGUAUAAACCAGAGCCAGCAGAUCCAGGCUCAAGUGCACAGGAAUAGCCCCCUUGUUUCCGGCUGUGUAAGGAUACAGAGCCAGGUAGUACCCUAUCAGGUUGCUGCUUGGGGUAUUAUGAGCCUUGUCCCCAAAAUGCAAAUGUCAGCAGAGCUGCAGCUUCUGCUUUGCCUCCCUUGAUUCUUUACUGAAAAAUGGCAGCUGAUUGCCUUGAGGUUUGGAGUGAAAGAAAGGCAGCUCUGCCUUUAAGCCCCACCCAGGGUCUUGCCUCAUGGAAUUUUGCUGGGCAAUCCAUGCUCUGAAUGCGCUGUGGGGACCUGCCUUGCUGAUGUCUCACAGCGCAUUGGAAGUAGAAAGGGAGGCUCGUUGAACCUGGUCCCCUCUAAUGCCAGGUGCUGUUGAGAGCAUUAGUGAGCAGGUCCUCUACUGCGUGCUGUUGCUCCUGCCUCCCAGCUCCCUCACUGCUUAGAUAAAGGUGCCCACUUUUAAUAAAGAGUUCUAAAAGCUUGUGUCUCCCCCAGCUGUAGUGGAUGGGUGGGAACGUCAGCUGCAGGCUUGCCCCUGCUUAAAUAUAGCUGAAAUGUACCAGCAACACACCUGGAAACGAGGGAGUUAACGUACCUGCAAUACCCUUUGUAUUUUUUUUGUUUUAAGGUGAGGUUUCUAAAGUGGGGAUAGUGGAUCAUGGGUGGUUUAUGGUGCUGGCUCUCCACCUUGUUGCCAGCUGCUAAACUGCAGACAAAAAUAAUGAUCUCUGGGCCAUUUAAAGCUUCCUCCGAGAGCAGCUGGGUGUUGAGGGAGGGGAAUUAAUCAUGCACCUCCCAGCUGGGUGUGGGAAUGGCAAAAAAGGGAGAAGGAAUCUUCCAAACAGCUGGCUGUAUUAUUUGCUGCCAUAGGCAUGCUCCAUAGACCUAGCCCUACUCAGUCACUUUGCCCUUGGCCUGUUCUGUUUACCCCCCUGCUUCAUGAGCCACAAUGAGAAAUUAACACGUUUGUCCUGGAACUCGGGUAGGUAAGUGGUGAAGGGAAAGGUGGGGAAAAGGACAAGCUCCAGGGUCUACUUAGCCUAAGAGCAGUCAACAGGAAAACUCUCCCCAGCUUGACAGAUGAUGAACAGUUACAUCACCUGUGCAAUGUUUGCCUUUGGCCUAGUUGUAGCACCUUGGGGCCCCAGUCAGAGACCUCCCCCCUUUGAAGUCAAGUGUUUACAGGACUCAGCCCCUGGUAACACCGGGGUGGGUGUGUGGUAGCUUUUAAAUGAACAGCAUCAUUGCAAGGAGUCAGACUCCACAGGAAAAACCAGUGGCUGAUGGAAGUGGAUUAAACCUCCAAAACUGCCACGUUUACGUUGAAUGGUCCCAGUGCUAAAACACACUCACCCUUCCCUUCAUGAGGGUGUUUGCCUCUGCACCUGCUAACUAAACCCAUUUUACAGAGGGAUCUAAUGAAUAUGCCAAAGUCCCAGAGAGCCAGGAACAGAUCUCAUCAGAGGCCCUGCUCCCUUUUCCUGGACCACAGCAAGUCAGUUGACAUAACUACCAGGCUUUGCCAGGAGUAAGACACAUGACUAGUGGCUAGUGCUAAUGGGGGGGUACUAGAUACAAGACCUCUUCCUAAGCUAGUACUCUGGUUUCUGGCACCAGGAAACAUCAUUUGCUCCCCCUUCCUCCCCUACAGAGAAAUCCCCCCCCCCAGCCUACCUUCCUCCUUCUGCGUCCUGGGCAGCAGCCCAUCAAAGAUGAGUGACUAGAGCCAGAGACUGCACAAAUGGCUUCUCCAAGUGCCACCCACACUGCUUUCAACAGCCCCAGGGAAAAGCUGAGAAAGUGAAGUCACAAACCUGUAGUCGCCUGGGCGUGUGCAUAUAGAGAUAUAUAUUAAUAUAUUUAUGAUCGUUAGGGGCAGGUGGGGUGUUCGUUUAAAUGUCCACAUCAAAAUACAACAUGUGCAG